ACCUCACUUUUGUAUACAAUGGUAAAAUCCCAUUACCCGAAAAAGAGAUAUUUUGACUAUCAGAAACAUUUUCAACCUUUUGACACGUGACCAAGCGAAAAUUGACUGUCAGGUCAUGUGACCGCAGUGAUAUUUUGAAUGUCAUAUAAGGGCAAAUAACUGCUUCAAUAUUUAAGCUAAAUCAUGACGUGAUUGCCUCCCUUAUACACAUACAGCAGUGACGUCACUAUUCAAUGUGUACACAAAAAACAUCAGACGACAGGAACUGUCAGCAUGUAAACAUGUCUCGAUUUGCUAGUAUUUCUGAAGAUGAUUUAGACACUCUUGAUGGACAGAAAGACUCAAAAAACACAAAACGUGUAAUAAAAAGAAGUGUGUCUCUGUUUCGUGAAUUUCUCGGCGAAAACUGUGAAUUUGAAGGAUUUUCAAGCGAGGAAUUAAACAAAUCUCUUCGAGCAUUCUUUGCAAGCAUAAGAAAGACAGAUGGGUCGGAACUAAAGAAAUCAUCACUGACAUCAAUUAAGUACGGAAUUUGUAAAUAUCUGAAAGAUGAGUGUAAAAUUGAUGUGUGCAAUGAUAAUUCAUUUUCGUCAUGUCUUACCACAUUUAAGAGCAAAGUGACAGAUCUGAAAAAAAAGGGUAAAGGAUCUAUUGAACACAAAGAUGAAAUUUCCUCUGAGGAUCUUCAAAAACUUUUCAGUAGUGAAAAUAUAGCAUUUGACAUUGACACACCAUGUGGGUUACAGAAAAAGGUCUGGUUUGAAAUUAUGUACUUUCUUUGCCGGAGAGGGCAGGAAAAUCUGAGAGGAAUGAAAAAAGACACCUUUGCCGUCGCUGUCAAUGCUGCCGGUAGGAGAUAUGUCUAUCAGAUGGUGGAUGAAGCUGAUAAAAAUCAUGGUGCCGAGUCGAGCUGUGAUGAAACCAUUGGCGAAGGGAAAAUGUACGAGCUUCCUGGUGAUGUCAAUUGUCCGGUGGCUUCGUUUAAAAAGUAUCUCAGCAAACUGAAUCCAGGAAUUGACUGCCUAUGGCAGCGACCGCUUGAUAGCUUCGAACUUGAUGGACCAAUUUGGUACUGUAUGGCUCCCUUAGGAAAGGGAAAACUAGCUGGAAUGAUGGGCGAUAUUUCGAACUUGGCACAUUUGUCUAAACGGUACACAAACCAUUGUAUUCGAGCCACAUCAAUAUCCGAACUUGAUAGAAAUGGAAUCGAGGCUCGACACCUGGUACGAGUGUCUGGACACAAAUCUGAAAUGUCUAUUCGUAGCUACUCGAGACGUUUGUGUGACGAAAAACAGCAGCAAAUUUCUGAUACACUGGCUAAAGCCCUGCAGAAAAAGCCAAAUGUGACAAAUAUAAAUCAACAGGCUCCAAUAAAUCAACAUGCCCCAAAUGAAACAGCUACUUCUGGGGUUGACAUUAGCGAUCUUGACUUUCUUGAGGAGAUUUUUCGUGAUGAUAAUGUAUUCAUUGAAUUAGAUACCACUGGGAAGGAGAAUAAUCCCCCAAAUAUGCAGCCACAUGUUAGUGACAAACCCGUUGUCACACAGGCGAGUACAAACAUUGCAUUGCAACCAGUGAUAACUACUCAGGCAUCAUCAGUCGCUAAUAGUGUAUUUCAGCAAGUCCAUGAUAAUGUAGGAACUAUGAACAAUCACAUGCCUGCCCCCCAAAUUAUAAACACCCGAUUUGAACAAGCAAGACCACCUUUCAUGUACAACAUCAAUCCAAAUAUAAGUAACUGUGGUCAAGUACAUUUCCAUUUUCAUGGAAAAUGAACAGUCAAGUACAGUAAAAAAACAGUUUUUGAAGGAAUUUUAGCAUAGUUAACAGUGGAAUUUUGUUCUAGAUAUAUGUGAUAUUUUGUUUACCUUGUUAAAAUUUGUGGUUAAGUACAUUUCCAUUUUCAUGGAAAAUGAACAGUCAAGUACAAUAAAAAACAGUUUUCCAAGGAAUUUAAUUAGCAUUGUUAACAGUGGAAUUUUGUUCUUCCUGAUAUAUGUGAUAUUUUGUUUACCUUGUUAAACUUAUUGAAUUAAAUGAAUUAAAAACAUUUUAAAACUUU